AUGCCUGAACCAGUGGACCUCUCCCUGGACAUUUUAGACCAGCUCAAAGCCGUGCCUCAGGACACUCACUGCAGGAUACUGAGGACCCUGAGGGACUGGAAGCGGCCCAAGUGUUUAUCAAAAGGGGAGAUUAAGCCCAUCUGGAGUAUCCAGACCACGGACCCUGAGCCAGACCUUAGAGAGCCCGGGCGGGUGCCUGUGCUGAGCACACGUGUGGACAGAACCGAGAGCGGGGCCGGCUGUGACUACGGCCCCUACUCCUUCCACCCCUCCACUCCGCAGGGACUCCAUCAGGACCACGAACGACGCUGUGGGCUGGUCUUACCCUGUCCUCUUAAAGACAUACGCGAGACAGGUCGAACACACGUGCCGUCGUGCUCUUUAAUCUUCGAGGCUGAGGACGACAGGCCCCACCUCCCUCUCUCAUUGGUGGAGGACCGAGUCCCCGCCCACCUCGGUGAUCUCAUCACCAUCCGCCUUGGCCGCUCGCCGCCGAGAUGCCCUUCCUGCCUGGAGGAUGGCCAGAGAGGGCUGACUUCCCACCGGGCACCUGGAGGAGGACAGCAUGUAAGUGGAGCCUUGGGGAACCUGGCAGGGGGGACACGGUGCCUGUGUGAGAAAGGAACCUCAGCUGCCGACAGCCACCGUGGUUGCCGGGCUGUUUGUACCAAGCGCGGCCGGGCCGGGCUGACAGCUGCCCUCACUGAGGACACCCCGAGAUGGGACAGCCCUGGGAGCCCCGUGACACCUGCCAUGUCUUUGGAAGAGGGGCCGUUACGCCCAAGGAGAGGCGGCCAGGCAGGCCCCACCUACCACCCACCCAGCACGGCCUCAGCACCCUUGCCACCCACUCUCCACGAGGGCACCGCCGCCAGCUUCAGCCCACGGGGCCUGGCGAUUUCCCUCAGCGACCCACUCCCAGGGGCAGGCAGCUCCAGCCCCACCUACGCCUGCCACCCACCGUACCUGCGCGGAAUGUGCUCCUCCGACACCCCUGACGUGAGUCAGUUCGACACCAGUGUGGCUGCAAGAGGGCGCACCGUGGAGCAGAGGCCUGGGUGCCUCACCCCAGCGCCAGGCCCCGGACCCGGGGUCCCGGCACAGUCUGACACCAGCACCAGGGCCACCUUGCGACUGGGAUCCUCAGGCCGUGGGGAGCUCGGUCAGGCCAGGAAAGGGUGGCAGGGACAGAAAGCACUGUUCCUCACUGGGACCCUGAUGAGCAUGGCCUCGAGUGGAAGCCUGGGUGGUACCCUUCUGUGCAGUUCAGGAAGGCCCACCGGCGACCUUCCCCGCCCGCCCGUGCACCUGCCCCCGCACUGA